GGGAAGUUGAUUAAAGCUCAUAAAGUUCGUUGACCUGGAUGGCCAUGCAAAGUCUGUGUGAAGCCGGGGAGAGAGUUUCGGUCUCCUGUCCGCGGGCGCAGGGCCUGAGCCGAAAAGCGCACGCUUUUUCUGUGGAGGCUUUAGUGGGGAAAAGCAGCAAGAGAAUGAAAAUAGAAAAGGCGAAGGAUAAGAAGAUAGAGGAAAGUGACUACGACUUGGACACAUCGACUGGGACUGUGGUUAAUACAGGCGAGGACAGCGCGAAUCAAAUUGAGGAACCUGAGACAACGAGCAAACCCGCCAAGUACAAAACCGAUCCGGACACACAGAUCCAAGUGGAACUGCAAGGCUCCGAUCUGUGGAGCAGAUUUCACGAGAUUGGAACAGAGAUGAUCAUCACCAAAGCGGGCAGGCGAAUGUUUCCAUCCAUCCGAGUGAAGGUGAAGAACCUGGACCCGUUGAAACAAUACUAUAUCGCAAUGGACAUCAAGCUCGUGGAUUCAAAGAGAUACAGGUAUGUGUACCACAGUUCCCAGUGGAUGGUGGCUGGAAACACAGAUCACUCGUACGUUACUCCGCGGCUUUACAUACAUCCGGACUCGCCAUGCUCAGGAGAGACGUGGAUGCGCCAAGUGAUCAGCUUCGACCGGGUGAAAUUAACAAACAACGAGAUGGACGACAAGGGCCAUAUCAUCCUGCAGUCCAUGCACAAGUACAAGCCGCGUGUGCACGUAGUUGUGCACGAGCCUUCUCUGGACGUGUCGCAAAUCUCUGCGCUCCCUGCUGAAGGGGUGUGCACUUUUUCCUUCCCCGAGACCCAGUUCACAACCGUAACAGCCUACCAAAACCAGCAGAUAACAAAACUGAAGAUUGAUCGAAAUCCCUUUGCCAAGGGCUUCAGAGACCCAGGAAGAAACAGGGGCGUACUAGAUGGUGUUCUGGACUCUUACCCCUGGCGAAGCCCAUUUGGCCUCAGUUUAAAACCGUUUACUCUGGAGCUGCAAGGUGAAAGUUGUGGCUCAUCCGGGAGGUGUGGAGAAAUUUCCCCAAGGUUCUUGCCACAUUCCAGUUCCUCGCUCUCUCACCUGUUUACCUUUUCUGGCUCAGACAGUGAUCUUCACAACCUCGUUGUCCCCCACUGCUCUAAAGUGACCUCUACAAACACCAACUUCACAAGCCGACCUUACUGCAGCCUCAUACCAGACAGACUCAGAAAUUACUCAGAUUUGCGACCAUUGAUGGAUUUCCCAAUACUGUCUCCUAUUCAUGGCAAAAAAAUAGGAGGUUGCAGGGGCCAGUGCCUUCAUAGCCACUGCUUGCUUUCCAUCCAGAAUCUUCAGGCGAGCCGGUCCUCCGGAGCUCAGCAAGAUACUGCAACAUCUUCUCUCCUGUCACCAUAUGGCUUGUACAGCUGCAGUUUACCUUUCAAGUCACAUUUCUCUGGCAUCACCACCUCACCAAAACCAGCUGACAGCAUAAUCCUGGCCUCAUCUGAGAGCUUUCUGCGCCAAACAGCCUGGCAUUCAACUGUCAACCACUGUCUCUGACCUUGCCAGAUGCUGGAACGAAACUCAAGACAAACAUGUCCCUAAAGCUAAUACAUAGUUGCUGUUCUCCCUGCCAUUGGUAUGGAUCAACACAAACUAGGAUGCAGUGAAAAUGAGUGGCACAUGUUACUAUACUGGAACUCUACAGUGCUAAUGGAAAAAGAUGCACUUAUGUUUUUCUAGUGGAAGACAGGACUUACAGAAUGGUUUCUAUAAAGAGAUAGACAGACCUGUGAUGUCAAGAUGGCAAUUAUGUUAUUUUUAUUCAGAACCCUCCAUUCUCUGAAAAAAAA